AUGAGCGGGGCCGUCGUAGAUAGCAUCGAGGUGUUGGACGAUCUGUUUGACACCCCAAUGAACUCCGCGCUGGUUCAUCAGGUAAUGGUGGGCCAGCUGGCGAACAAACGGCAGGGCACCGCCAAGGUGAAGACGCGCUCCGAGGUUGCCGGUGGCGGCGCGAAGCCCAGACCACAGAAGUACACCGGGCGCGCGCGUCAGGGUUCCAUCCGCUCGCCGCAUUGGCGCGGGGGUGGCAUCGUGUUCGGACCUGCGCCGAGAAGUUACCGGCAACGUACGCCCAAAAGGAUGAAGCGUCAGGCCAUCAAGAUGGUUCUCUCCGACAAAGCGAGGGAACAGCAGCUAGUAGUUCUGGAUGACUUACGGAUUACGGAAGCCAAGACGAAGCAGAUGGCGCAUGCGCUGACCGCGCUGCAAGUAGAAUCGUCGGUGCUGCUGGUCGAUGACGGGAUGAACGCCGAUAUUGUGCGCGCUGCGCGGAAUAUCCCAAGAGUCCGAACGCUGCCGGUAUCGCUGCUGAACGUAGUGGACUUGCUGAAUGCCAACAAGGUCGUGAUGACUGUUGACGCAGUGAGGCGAGCCGAGGAGCUAUGGGGCGGUGAUUUCGUACGCAUCAAACGGCAGACCGUAGAAGUAUCGGCGGAUGAAGGGCAGGAGGAAGAGUAA